CCUGUUGUGGGCUGUCGUUUCCGGCUGCUGCUUGGUAACAAUGGGGAAGAUAAUGGCUGCCUGAGCAAAGUCUAGGAGCAGACGGUGGGGCAGAGGCGGGUCUCAGCCAGCCACUCAUCGGAGGGAGCUUGAAAGCGGUAGCAGCUAGGAGAGGAAGAGCCUCAGCGGAAACGGCCGAACUAACCGAGUCAGAUCCUGACCUUAAAACUGAGGCAAAACCAAUUAGGCGCCCGUGGGCUACGAUGACAUCUUCCCUAAGGAUCUGAGAGCAGAGUGUGAAGAAAACUAAAAUCCAGUUUAUUGUAUUUCAAUACUAUGUCAUAACAGUCAGAUAAUUUUCCACUUGUUCAUCAAGAUGGAAAACUCAGAUUCUAAUGAUAAAGGAAGUGGCGAUCAGUCUGCAGCACAGCGCAGAAGUCAGAUGGACCGAUUGGAUCGAGAAGAAGCUUUCUAUCAAUUUGUAAAUAACUUGAGUGAAGAAGAUUAUAGACUUAUGAGAGAUAACAAUUUGCUAGGCACCCCAGGAGAAAGUACUGAGGAAGAGUUGCUGAGAAGACUGCAACAAAUUAAAGAGGGUCCACCACCACAAAACUCAGAUGAAAACAGAGGUGGAGACACUGCAGAUGAUGUGUCUAAUGGUGACUCUAUAAUAGACUGGCUUAAUUCUGUCAGACAAACUGGAAAUACGACAAGAAGUGGACAAAGAGGAAACCAGUCUUGGAGAGCCGUGAGCCGGACUAAUCCAAACAGUGGUGAUUUCAGAUUCAGUUUAGAGAUCAACGUUAACCGUAAUAAUGGGAGUCAAAACCCAGAGAAUGAAAAUGAGCCAUCUUCAAGACGUUCUAGUGGAGAAAUUACAGAAAACAACAGCCAAAGGCAAGUGGAAAAUCCACGAUCUGAAUUGACAUCUGCAAGACUAUCUAGGUCAGAACGAAAUUCAACUGAGACAUUAACAACAGAAGUCCCAGCUACUAGAGGUCAGAGGAGAGCAAGAAGUAGGAGCCCAGACCAUCGGAGAACCAGAGCCAGAGCAGAAAGAAGUAGAUCACCUCUACAUCCAAUGAGUGAAAUUCCACGAAGAUCUCAUCAUAGUAUCUCAUCUCAAACUUUUGAGAACCCUUUAGUAAAUGAGACCGAGGGAAGUUCUAGAACCCGUCACCAUGUGACAUUGAGACAACAAAUAACUGGGCCUGAGCUGUUAAGUAGAGGUCUUUUUGCAGCAUCUGGAACAAGAAAUGCCUCUCAAGGAGCAGGUUCUUCGGACACAAUCAGCAGUGGUGAAUCUACAGGAUCAGUACAGAGACCUCCAACCAUAGUCCUCGAUCUUCAAGUCAGAAGAGUUCGUCCUGGAGAAUAUCGCCAGAGAGACAGCAUAGCUAGUAGAACUCGGUCGAGAUCUCAGACGCCAAAUAACACUGUUACUUACGAAAGUGAACGAGGAGGUUUUAGGCGUACGUUUUCACGUUCUGAGCGGGCAGGUGUGAGAACCUAUGUCAGUACCAUCAGGAUUCCUAUUCGUAGAAUUUUAAAUACUGGUUUAAGUGAGACUACAUCUGUUGCAAUUCAGACCAUGUUAAGGCAGAUAAUGACAGGUUUUGGUGAGUUAAGUUACUUUAUGUAUAGUGAUAGUGAUUCAGAACCUAGUGGCUCAGUAUCAAGUGGAAAUAUGGAAAGGGUAGAGUCACGGAAUGGAAGGGGGAGUUCUGGUGGUGGUAGUAGUUCUGGUUCCAGUUUGAGUUCCAGUUCGAGUUCUAGUCCUAGUUCUAGCUCCAGUGGUGAAAGUUCAGAAACUAAUUCAGAGUUGUUUGAAGGCAGUAAUGAAGGAAGCUCAUCAUCAGGUGCCAGGCGAGAGGGUCGACAUAGGGCCCCAGUCACAUUUGAUGAAAGUGGGUCUUUACCAUUCCUUAGUCUGGCUCAGUUUUUCCUCUUAAAUGAGGAUGAUGAUGAUCAACCCAGAGGACUCACCAAAGAACAGAUUGACAACUUGGCAAUGAGAAGUUUUGGUGAAAAUGAUGCAUUAAAAACCUGUAGUGUUUGUAUUACAGAAUAUACAGAAGGCAACAAACUUCGUAAACUACCUUGUUCCCAUGAGUACCAUGUCCACUGCAUCGAUCGCUGGUUAUCUGAGAAUUCUACCUGUCCUAUUUGUCGCAGAGCAGUCUUAGCUUCUGGUAACAGAGAAAGUGUUGUGUAAUUAACAUCUGAACUCUCAACUAUGUAGCUGGUGUAGUGAUGGGCAAACAAGAAUCACUUGCUUUAUGUCCACUUUUUGAGUGGUGCUUAAAUGUAAAGUAACAACCUGAAUUGAGUCAUCUUUUUCUGAAAGAAUCAUGUCCUUUUUCCAGUCUGAGAAUAAAAGGAAAUAUUUAAAAAACAUUUUAGGAUCUAAAACUCUGAUUUCAAUACCAGUUAAAGUGGUAGUGUCUCUGUUACCGAUAAUUGAUGAUGUACAUUUCUCAAUGCCUCUUUUGUUAUCUUAAAAGAUCUGCCUUAGCAAUGGCUCCUGUCUGUUUUAUGUUGAUCUUUAAAGUUUUUCAUGCCAUAGGACAGAAGGGUUAAAGAAACUCCCAGUUGAGACUGAAUCCAUACAAUUCCCAGUUAUUAGUUAACCCAAAUUCAGCCACAUUCUGAAUGUUUGUUCACCUUCAGACUAGAUGAUACUGGACAUGUCAGUGUAAAUAACACUAAAGAUAGAAUCUUCUAAGUGUAUAACUGUCUGCUAAGCCCAUUACUGUGGCACACUAUAGAGUGAGCUUAUAGUUUGAGAUAUUUAUCUUGUGGAAAUAUUAAAAAGCCUAUGCUUGUGUAAGUGAAAAAAAUCACAUUCAUUUGUUUAAAGAUGUAAAGCUAUUUUGUAGAGGCUCAGUACUUUUCCAAUGCACUGUUGUAUUAAUGCAUUAAAAAUUGUAAAGUACCAUGCUUAGAAAUGAGAAAACUGCUUUUUGUGAACCAGCAUAGUAAAAAACACAACAAGCAAAGUAUGAAAUGUGUAGAUGUCAAGAGCAGAACAUAUCUAUAAUAUUUAAUGUAUGUGAACAGCAUCUGUGACAUGAAAAGGACCACGCAUAAUCAAACUGAAAGACCAGUGGAAAUUGUGUUUUAACUUGGAUUUAGGCAGGUAGUGAAAGAUGUGAGGACAAAAGUACUCUGAAGAAUUUUUUGUGAAGACAGUAGUAAUGAAGACAUUCACAUGGUGAAAGCAGCAGCAGCUUGACCUCAUAUUCUACUUGAAUAGAGGAAGCAAAUGAGCAAAUUUGGCAGAGCGGUCUUUGAUUUAAAGAAAAUAAACCAUUGCCACCUACAUGAAUUAAUGUUUUUACAAGUUCUCAAAUUAAAAAAAAACAUGUAGGAAAGAGACUAUAGACCACUUUUAGUGGAAGAAUUGCAGUUGGUACAGAUGUUUGCUAAUAGGAAAUUCUCAAAUGUGCUUGUUUUUGAGAUUUGUCAUACAAGGCUCUAGUGCAAACUCAUUAAUGUUUCAUUAAAGUCACUAGUACAAAGUAACAUGUCACAUUUAAAGACCUAUUUAAGAAUUAAGGGUUUUUAUCAUUUGAAAGUGAAUUAUGUUGGAUUAUUUGAAAUUCAGGUUUUAAUUGUGCUGCCCAUAUUUGAACAUGAGACUGCUGAUUCAUUAUGGAUGGACAUGCUCUUCAUGUUCUUUAGUAGUAAGAAUAGAUUUGUGAUAAUCCCAGAAACUUGACCGAUUUCUCUUUUGAGACAAAUUGAGUCAGGAUUAGACUAGCUCUAGAGCAGAUAUUUGUUUCCCAGGAGAAAGCUAAUAGGCCAGAAGAGGAAUUGAACACAUCCUUGGCCUUUAACAACAAUCAUAAAAUGAGCUAAUUAUCCAAAUAUAGUUAAAUAUUCUACACAGUAAACAAGUCUGCUUUCCAGUUUACCUGGUUACUUUCAUUAUUAUUACCUUAGCUGUGAAAUUUAUUUCAAAGCUCAUUCUAUCAUGUUUUCUUUUGGCUUUUGAUCCUAAGUAUUAAGGAAAUUGUAAUUAUGGUAGUUAAGGAUAUGUACUGCUCUUGCAAGGAAAUAAUAUCCAAACAAAGCUUCACUUAUUUUUUUUAAUGUAAGCAGAUUUCACUGUUUGUGGCGCUUAAGUAAUAAUACCUCUUAUUUUAAAAAAAAUUGUUAAUGUAAGAAUCAGGAUUCCUUUAUAUUUGUGAGCCUCUGUGUCUCCUUUCCUAAGGGUGUAAUCUAUGGUUUUCAGAUCUACAAGGCAGUCUUGAAUACCUGAAAAAUCCAUUUUUCCUCUUGGAAUAAAAUGUACCCUUGCUAUAGGGGGCAUUCAUUUUGAUUGUUUAAAACCUGUGAUAGCACAUCCUAAAUAUCAAUAAACGUUACUGACAACAGGUAAUUCCAUAGCCUCCCAAGAUGUAUUACUUACUUGUGAAGUAUUAAAAGUAAAAGGUAAUUCAAGCAGAAUGCUGGUUAUGAAUGUAGGUGUUGAACUAUUCAUAAACACUGGAAGUAGAACUUUCAUGUUUUUAGUUUUAGAAUGCACAUAUUGGACCUGUACAUGUGGACACUUUUUCAGUAGAAUUCACCCAUUGGCUGUAGAGUGAAUGCAAGUAUUUUUAUUGAUACUUUUCAUGUUGCAAAGUCUAUGGAACAUGCUACUGUUGUGGACAUUGAAGACAAAGUGGUUUAUAGGUGUCAGAUGUGCAAUAGAGAGCACAUUGUUUUUUCCCACCAGCAUCCAACCACCUUUUCUUGGGAGAGCAUUUCUUUGACUUGCAAGAGACUACUUUUCAUUUUGUGUCUGCAUUUUUUCUUUAAGACCUACUUUGAACUUCAUGCAGUAAUAGGAACAAAAUAAUUGAGAGAUUACAUUCUUCAAAGCCUGGGGGAAAGUACUGCAACCUGCAUUUCCUUGAAUAUUUCAAGAGUAUAAAAAUGCACUUACUAGUAUGAAAUGUUUGCAGUGUUAUUUUUUAACUGCAGUGGAAGAGGUUGCGAUUACUACUAGAAGACAAAAACAAGUUAGGUUGAAACCACAGACUGUAGCAACACUAGAAAAGAACAUGUUAAUUUGGAAUAUUUGCUCUAAAAAGAACACAUUAGUUAUACCUCAUUUGUAUUAAUGGAGAUAGGAAUUGUGUAAACUUCACAUUAGUGUUGGAAUGUAGGUGAUAAUUGCAUAGGUCAUAAGGAAACAGCAACAGGAGAUUCACAAAAGAAGUUGAUUACUGGAAUUCACACAAAUUUAAGAUUAGGAAACUGGUUUGCUGUGUUACUUCAAGUAAUGUCUCCCUUUCCUCCUAGGAGAGCAUCCUUUCUGUGCCAGUUAUUGAAUCAAUGUCUCAUUUACGAAAAAGUUAUUGCUUAAUGUGCUUUAUAUUUAACCACUUGUUUCCCAAGUGUCCAGAACAUGAGUAGGUCAUGCAUGGGCCAUGACUUUCAGUCAGUUCCCCCAAAUACCCAAGGAAUAGGCACAUGUUUAAAAGUUCUUAAAAGCCCAUUUUUUUAUAGCUUGCAUUCAUAUGUGGCACCUUGUGGUUUUUGACAUUUUUUUUAAAGAUGAAGGUAUUUUUAUCCACUCCUUUUUAUUCUCCUUUGUUCUUUGUGAAAGAAAUACUUGGUAAUCUGCCUUAUUUUUUUUUAAAUUUUAUUUUACCUGGUUUCCUGUCAAAUAUUUUAUCCAUAUUAAGUACAUAAUGCCAUGUUUGCAGGGCACUUUAGUUCUUUACUAGUAUUAUAAGACUUCAUUGCUGUUUUGAGGUGUUCUAUACUUUAAUAAUAAAAAGUGAUAAGGUACCUGCUAAAAUGGGUGGUUCUUUAUUAUAUUUCAAUACAUUUAAUAUUAAGUAACUUGUAAUUCUUUAGAAAAUUGCUUUUUGAAAUAUUAGAGUUGUGAAUAAGCUUCAUUUGAAAAGUUAAAGUGCAAAGUCUAAAAACUGAUUCAUGACUUAUUUUUAAGUGAGUUUUAAAAAUCAAAAUAACUGAAUACAGUACCUGCCCUUUGAAAUUUUGUAGCAUUCUGAAAUUAAGAACUCUAAUCUUUAACUGAAACGUUUCUAAAAUGUCUAGUACUCUGAACUGGUGAGUGUUCUUAUUUAAGUAACCCUAGUUUGUAACUUAAACGUCUACAGCAUAGAAUAGAGGUAUAUCAGGGUGUUUGGAACUCUCAAAAGAACAGGUUUAUCAGUUUUAUGAUAGUUUUUACAUCUAUAUAGGUGUUUUGAUUCAAAUCUAUAAGAAAUAGGCAUACUAUCCAAAAUUCAAAGCAAGAACUUACUUUUUAUUAGGAAUUGUUUACUAAAGUUCCAUGAACUGCUUUAUAGUCACUUGCAUUGACUAUCUUAAAAGACAUGCAGUGAAAGUGAACCCAUUAUACCACUGUGCCUCGUUUCAGGAUUCCUCCAUCAGUUCUUCAUCUUGCUGAUUUAUUCCAAUACAUAAGUAUGUCUAAACCAGCUGUCCAACCUGUUACCAACAUUCUUUUAGCUGAUUGAUAUGUGUUUUAACUGUCCAUUGUUUGGGUUUUACCUCCUGGUAACUUAAUUUGUUCCUGGUGCUGCUUUUAAAGAUGUAGAACCAUGUGACCACAUAACAUUCAGUAGGUAUGCAGUUGGCCUGGCUAUGUAUCUGCCUGUUUUCUCCCGGGAAGAGCUGCUUUGGUACAGAUGUUGACUUAGAUGCAUAUAAAGAACUGGGCAGCAAACUGAAAGCUUUCUGAAAUUUAAGAACCUGAAAGGAUUUGGAGGGGCAACAGUAACAAAGCCUGCCUUUAUGUCUUUGAAAAUGAAGCACAUAAACCUAUGUUCUGUAAAGAUUGAAGUGAUUGUUAUACCAGGGCUUCCUGACCUUUGGGAGAGACAAAACAGCACAAAGUAAAGUAUUUGGUUGGCUUGAUUUAUCUGAUGUAUCAUUUUCUUUCAAUUUAAACCUGAACAUAACACCCUUUCCCAGUAUCUGUCUAGCAGACUCCUGGUUGGGAAGCCCUGUAUUAAAAUUUGAGAAUGUACCCAGGUUUCUCUUAUUUUUUGUACAGUACUUUACACCUGCAAAAAAAUUAACUUGUUUAAUGCAAAACAAGACCUUGAAAGGUCAGUCAUUAAAGCUGGUUUGGUUAAUAGUUAUCUUUUAGGAAGAAGCUUUUUCCCUAUGUAAGAUGUCAUACUAUAAAUUUAAAGUAUAGACUAUCAAUAAAAUGCAUGAAGUGAUCA